AUGCUCUUCUUUGGAAGCGGGCCUCAGAGCCCACGUCGCCGCAGCAGAGAAAAAGCCAUCUUAAUCACCAUCUUGAUAGUCUACGCCUUGUAUUUUCUGUUCUUCGCCAAUACGUCGGGCCGCCGACGGGCCGCGGCGGUUUAUGAGGGCGUGGUGUCACAAGGAGGACCAAAUCGAGAUUCACGCUCGGGGCAGGCUACCCCGUUGCACGAGAUGCGGAACUUCGAAAAGGAUUUUGUCGUGGCGAGUAUGAAGGACGAUGAUGUCUCGUGGUUGUUUGAAUUCUUCCCCGAGUGGCAUAAGAGUAUCUACGUGGUGAAUGAUCCCAAAGCCCACUUGACAGUGAAGCUAAACAAGGGGAGGGAGUCAAUGGUGUAUUUGACAUACAUCAUUGAUAAUUACGAUGAUCUGCCCGAGUCGAUGCUCUUUAUUCACUCGAAACGAUACCAGUGGCACAACGAUGACCCCUACUAUGACGGCGUCCCGGUGCUUCGCAACUUCCAGGUCUCAUAUCUCCAGGAACAAGGCUACGUCAAUCUUCGCUGUGCCUGGGUAUUAGGCUGCCCGACGGAGAUCAAGCCCUACACCGAUACGCAUCGCGAUGCUGUGCACGCCGGGGUGUAUUACAAGAACGGGUUCAUGGAGCUUUUCCCCGGUGUCGAGGUUCCGGAAGAAGUGGGGGUGUCGUGCUGUGCACAGUUUGGGGUGACGAAGUGGAAGGUCCUCGAGCGACCCAAGAGCGAUUAUGAGCGAUAUAGGAAGUGGCUGUCGGAGACGACACUCCCGGAUGAUCUGAGUGGCCGUAUCAUGGAGUAUUCAUGGCACAGUACGUCUACCCUGGCUGGAUUUACGGAUGACAAAAGCUGA